AUGGCCGAUCAUCAUCAUCAGGUUAAGACUUCCUUCCUCUUUAUUCGACUGCAGUCGCCCUCUAAGGCCCAUGACCUGCCGUAUCCUGCUGACACUGCCAGCUCCAUCGCCACAGAGGAAGGAGGGUCGACGAACAACUCGGCUGGAGUUAUAGUGACAUCCACAGCUGUAGCCGCAGCACCCAUCCCACCAGACCACAUAGAGGACUGCAGUGUCACGGCCUUGAGAGUAGACAUCAACUCAAAUCAAGAAGUAGACGAAAAAGCCAGAGAGAGAGGGGAAACAUCCGAUUAUUCAACUCAUGCUGGAGAUGUGGCUUCGGUCGUCUCAGGAGACCCUCAGACUCAGAACUACCAGAACUUAUUGUUGAAAGCUGAUCUGGAAUCAGUGACUGGAUUACAGGACCAUAGUCUCAGUACCUCGGAGUCGGAUUUCCCUGUUUGGGUCCUGCGGGAGGACAGUCCUCGGACAAUGAUGAACAAGGACAAUCAACAGCCACUAGCGGGGACACCAACCACCGCCACCAACCCAGCACCCCCCUCUCAAGCUUAUUCUGCAGCACCACGAGUAAGCUUCCUGCACCCAGCAGAAGGAUCCGUGCCCGACACCCACGGGCCCAAGGCCACUGAGAUGGAGAUGGACAAGCCAAGCCAGAAGCCUUUCCACCAGGCCCCAGCCUCAGCACCUACCCAACCCAACGUGGCUCCCAGCCCCCAUUGCCCCAGCAGCACUAACAGUUGGGUUAGCAGUGCAAAGCAGAAGGAGGCUGGUGAGAAGCCAAGAGGUCCACAGAGUGGUUCACAAGUGUUCCUUAGAAGUCCAGAAGAGCGCAAGACCUUUCUGUAUGCAGUCAAGGAGAGGUCCUCAAAGGUACCUGGAGACACGUACAGGAACGCAGUGACAAAGAGUCUCUCCACGUCUAUAGCUGUCACUCAACCCAGUGUUGUGACCUCACCGGCUUCUUCUUCAGAGCCUUCUGUGGUGAGCUCAGCUAGGUCAAAACCCACAGUCUCAACAGUUGCUGCUCCAUCCUCUGUGAUCAGUGCUGCUCGUCCCUCCAUGAUAAAGCCUGUUCCAGCUCAGAAGGCUGAAACGUUUGUUUGGGUUAACAGCUCGUCUUCACACGCUCAAAGUGUUGCGAAGGCCAAGUACCAGUUUCUCUUUGGAAAAGGAGACGAGACCAGCUCUACUGAAAGCGUUUCAGCAUCAACCUCUAACGUCUUAGCGGACGAGGGGAGUAGUAGCACCAGUCUAGACGCCUGUCUCCAGGACGAUGACGUCGAUGAAACCUCGCUGUUCCUGGAGAUCGACCGUGAGCUGGCCAACCUGCUGAGCGGCCUCAGCGCCAGGAGCCAGAAUGCUCCAGCCGCCCACACCCAACCUGUGGACAGCCUACACCCAGCGGACCGUAGUGAACAGCAGAGCGCAGCCAUCAUGAUUCCCUGUAGUGGUCAAAACGGGGCCUCGCAGGAUGUGGCCAGCCGGACCUCAGACAGAAACGGUGAGGGGGAGGAGACCAAUGUGGACCUGGACAUGUCUGGCUUGGGCCUUGUUCCACCGGGAGACCCACUCCUCUCGCCCACCUUCCUCCUGGACUCGUGGACGGAGGCGCUGCUGAGAGAUACGGCUUCCCUGAGCUCCGCAGCCCAGAAGGCCUUGGGCGUCUCCACCGUGGCGGCCGAGGUAAACGGAGACUUCAGGAAUGCGCCCGCUUCGAACUGCCAAGAAAAAACAAGUGCCGGCCUGACAGCUGCUGCAUUCACAUCUGGGCCAUGCUCAGGGGCGGGUGAGGUACCCGUGGUGGACCAGUCUGAACCUCCCAGGAGGGGUUCAGAGGCAGCGACCGAGCCUGCCGGAGGGGGGCUGCUCCUGGACGAGGAGUCCCUGGAGGAGUCCAGUAAAAUCCUGGCCGAGAUCCCAGGUAUCUUCACCGCCUUCCUAGACGGGGGCCAGCUGAGGGAGAAGCCCCCCAAGAAACUGCGAUUUGCGGAGAGCCGGCCAGGGAGCACGACGACGGUGGUGGCGGCGACAGACGUUUGUGGUCAGAUGGGACAUGAGCGAGGUAGUGAGGACUCUGAGAAGGAACAGGAGGGAGGUAGGAGCUGCAGCAGUCUGAAGGUAGAUAGCUCUGUGGACAGUCUGAGUCCUCUAGAGAGACUCCCCUGCCGGUUGUCCCUGGAGGACGAGGUGUUCCGGGUGCUCCCUGACAUAUUUCUGCACCAGAGCCCUGAUGGAGACGCAGCACGGGAGCCCAGCUCAGAUAGGAGUACGAAGACCAAUGGCAGCGAGGACCCGUCGGAUAACCGGGAUGGCAAGGAGACAUCGGAGAGCCAGGAGGCCACCGACGUCUUCAGCUCGCAGUUCGAGAGCAUCCUGGAGUCAGACCGUUUCCGUAGCACCCUCUACAGCAGCCUGGACUCUCUGGAUGCCCUAUCUUCCUCGGCUGACGACGAGGCGGACUCGGGCUUCACUUUCGACAUGCCCCUUACUCCCAUGAUUCAGCAACGCCUCAAGGAGACGGGCCACUUUGUGGAGUUGUUGCCCGACGCGUGUCGCCAGCGGGAGCGCCAGGAGCUACUCAGCGUCACGACCACGGGGAAGGGCGGGAAAGCCGCCCUGGAAGUGACAUCUUCCUACCUAGAGGAGGUGGUAGCGAGUGGGGACCCCGCUUUCAGCGGCCAAUCAGAUAAACAUUCCAGUGGACCCCUGGCCAAUGGCGUGGAGCGGGACCCAAAGGACUGGCUGCACGGCUGCCUGAGCAGUGAUGCAGGGCUGAAGACGGCGCUGUCGGACUGGGACUCAGACAUGGGCAGCACGGAGCGGCUGAAGGACAGCACGGACACACUGCUCAAUGGAAACCGAGGAGACCAAGAGGGGGCCCAGCGCCUCGCACGACGGCUCUACCACCUGGAGGGCUUUCGCCGCUCCGACGUGGCCAAGCACCUGGGAAAGAACAAUGACUUCAGCAAGAUGGUUGCUGAAGAGUACCUUACAUUUUUUGAAUUUACAGGGAUGACAUUGGACCAAUCUCUCAGAUCUUUCUUGAAAGCUUUUGCACUAAUAGGCGAAACUCAGGAGAGAGAACGGGUUUUGAUCCACUUUUCCAAUAGGUACUAUCAAUGUAACCCCACCGUCAUCUCCUCACAAGAUGGAGCCCAUUGCCUUACAUGUGCUCUGAUGCUGUUGAACACGGACCUUCAUGGCCAUAAUAUCGGGAAGAAGAUGACGUGCCAGGAAUUCAUCAAUAACCUGGAAGGGUUAAAUGGAGGACAAGAUUUCCCCCGAGAGCUCCUAAAGGCCUUGCACAACUCAAUCAAAAACGACAAGCUGGAAUGGGCCAUAGAUGGUGAUGAGCUGAAGAAGUCUCUGUCUGAGCUGGCAGACAACAAGGACAAUAAAAGUAUCACGCGGAUCAGCAGUGGCAGUAACCCCUUCCUGGACAUUGCCCACGACCCCAACGCCGCAGUCUACAAAACAGGCUUCCUGGCCCGCAAAAUCCACGCCGACAUGGACGGCAAGAAAACACCAAGAGGAAAACGAGGCUGGAAAACAUUCUAUGCUGUUCUCAAAGGAAUGAUCCUCUACUUGCAGAAGGACGAGUACAAGGCUGAGAAGGCCCUCUCAGAGGAGGACCUAAAGAAUGCCAUCAGCAUCCACCACGCCUUGUCCAUCAAAGCCGUGGACUACGAGAAGAAGCCCAACGUUCUCAAGCUCAAGACAGCCGACUGGAGGGUCUUCCUCUUCCAGGCCCAGAGCCCAGAGGAAAUGGACUCUUGGAUCAGAGUAGUCAACUCUGUUGCAGCCAUGUUCUCUGCCCCCUCGUUCCCCGCCGCCAUUGGCUCUCAGAAGAAAUUCAGCCGUCCACUGCUACCGGCCACGACCACGAGGAUGUCACAGUGCUAUCUACAGGAGGAACAGCUGAAGUCUCACGAGGCGAAGCUGAAGCACGUCUCCACAGAGCUGGCAGAGCACAGAUCCUACCCUCCUGACAAGAAGGUUAAAGCCAAGGAGAUCGACGAGUACCGACUCAAAGAGCACUACCUGGAGUUUGAGGAGAACCGCUAUGAGAUGUACGUCAAGCUCCUGAGGGAGGGCGUGAAGGAGCUGCUCAUUGGCAAAGAUGGCGACGCGAGCCUCAAAAAGUCCCAGUCCAGCCCCUCUCUCAACCAGGAGGGCCAGCCGGCCGCGGCCAAAGUCAAACGCAACACCUCGGAGAGGAGACCCGAGACGCCGCCCAAGGUCACAUAGGAAGCUACCCCCCCUCGCGAGCCUGUGAAAGAGCCAUGAAUACGCAACAAAAGUGUGUGAAUAUAUUUUAUGUAAUUUAUUUAUCUGGCCACUGUUGUAACAAAAACAGUUGUGUAAAAUGUAAAUGAUGAAUACUCGUCCUUAAAUUGACUGGCGUAGCAUUUUUGUAUGGAAACAUUGCAUUAUAUGUUUGUGGUCCUUUUAUUUUGAUGUUGAUGUUGUCAUUCUUGUAUUGAACGUAAUAUUUUUUGUGACGCAUUUGACCCUGUUGCUUUAUUCAAUAUCGUUGUAUUGGUCCUUCCUCUCAUAAAAACAAUUGAUUUGCCUUUCAGUCAAGAGAGAGGAUUUUUCUUGUCUCCAGUUUAGUGGAAUUACCAACGCUAGCUCUUGGAUAUAUAAAUAGUAGCUAGAUGUAGAAUAGUCUUACUCAGAAGUUUUUAUUUUGAUAUGUAGUUUAAGUAAACAUUGGACAUAUUGAACCAGUUAAUUUGAGAGUAUUUUCCACAAAUAUGGCUUCCAUUGAGAAUAGGCAGGUGAUUUGGACAUCCAAUUUCCUCCCUGCUUUUCCUCAUAGACUUUUUUAAGGUUCCUUUCACCUGGGAAUGUUUAUUUUUCAUACAGAAGAUGCACCAAGGUGUAAAUCCUGGAAAGGGAUUAAUUGUGGAUCUAAAAAAUGUGGUUAGGAUCUUCAAUCUCUUGCCUCUCAUUUACAACAGAAAAUGUGGUUAGGAUCUUCAAUCUCUUGCCUCUCAUUUACAACAGAAAAUGUGGUUAGGAUCUUCAAUCUCUUGCCUCUCAUUUACAACAGGAAUAACAACCCCAGAUAAAACACAGUAAUGUCCUUAGUUGUGUGGAAGGCUGCACUAUCGUGUUAGAAAACGCAGUUCAAAAGCGUUCCAAAUCCCUAAUUUUGCACAUGAACUAUUUGGGAUGUUUAAACAUAUUCCCCAGAUUGGGUCAGUCGCCGCUGCAUCCAUAUCUUUUCAGACUGCAGUAUUUCACUAAUGUUGGACUUAAGAUCAGAGUUUAUGCAGCUGAGCCAUUUAUUUUUUUAUCCUUUAUUGCAAAAAAUAUACUUCUGCUUUUUGAGUAGUGUGAAGACCAAUGCCCCUUGUCUUUUCUAAUCGUAUGUGUUUUAGAUUCUAAGUUGAAAACUAUUGUUGUAAAGAUCAAAUUUAGUAUUUAUAGUGCACUUUAUAAAUGAGUUCUUUUUGGAUAUUAUAGAGAGCUUUAUAAAGGUUAGACUGCUAUGUUUCUUUGACAUCACAGGUUUUUCAGGCAGAACUAUUUUUGUUUUCUUGAAGGUACUUGAGCGCGACAGUUCAGCAGGUUUCCGUCAGCUCAACUCAUAAUGUCGUCUUAGUUUGUUUUAAGUGGUUCGGUAGUUUUGCUGUCCUAGGUAGAUUUGUUGAUUGACAAAGUUUCCUUUUAGGGAACUAUUUAUAGAUCUGUACUUUGCAAUUAUUGCCUUUUUCCAAUGCUGGUGAUAUUACAUUUAUAAUAUAAUUUACACAUUUUCAUUAGAAAUAUUACUGACAUUUGAACGACAUAAGCAUUUAGUUAGACAUUGGAUUGUAUGUCUACACUUCCACAAUGGACUUUUGCAUACCAACAUAUGUUUUGUCCUUACCAAAAGGUUUGCGUUUUUUCAUGUAUUGAAGAUUUUGGAAGGAAUUUAGCUUUUUAACAUGUUAUGAAGAAACAUUUGUAAUGAUGCAAAGCCAAUUUGAAAAUGUACUUGUUUUUGGAAGACAUGAGGCUAGUACUGAGUCUUUACAGUUAAAAAAUAUAUAUAUUGUUUACUUUAAAUGUUUUAUUAUUUACACUUUAUUGUAUUACUUUUUUUAUUUUCUCUUAAAUUCUCUACGAAGACACCAAAUAGAAUGUGUUAGUAGAGCUCGAUGGUAAUAGCCAACUAAAUAUACCUAUAUCCGUAAUGCAUGUUUUUAGAAAAACGUUCUACAGUAGUUUGUGCUAGCUAGCUAGUGUGCAAACCUUUUCCUUGGAAAUGUUCUCCUCACAUAGUGGCACUAUUUGACCUGUACGAUUAUUGUGAAAGUUAGUGAGUGUUUUGACAUUGAAGCACUUAAUAUAGACAAUACAUGUGGUACAUUUAUCAAAGGUUUCAAGUUAAUAUCACGAGACCUUAACAGCUGAUUCUGUUAUAUAAAUGUGAGGAUAGUAUUUUUGUUUAUAUGAAGAGGUCUACCCUUGAAUUCAUUUUGAAUAUAAUAUAAAAUGUUUUUUUAUUCUUUUAACCUUUUGAUAUUUUAUCGUAAGACGAUGGCUGACCCCUUGAAGACUUCUAUAGUUAAAAUUCCUCCGUAGUUUAAACUUAAUCCCAGUUUUCUUAUGCAGAUACAGUAGUCCUUUGUUUAGACACAUUAAAUGUAGGAUUUAACAUAUUGCUGUUUAUCAGUUGGUACACUUAUUACAUUUGCCCAUUUUCAGAGGAUUUUAAAUAAAUACAGGCUUUUGUUGUAAUGACACGUUAGCGUAAUCUGUGCUUCUGAGUGGAAUGAUAAAUAAUCUACGUCUAUAUAUGGAAACCGUGAACUCAUUUUAAACACAACCCUGUAAUACUAUCUUACCAGUGGAUUGUGUUCAUGUGGAACGACUCAACUAAAGCACUGUUUCAAUUGACACGUCAAAUGUCACCUGAUGUCAUUUCUGAUUUGAUAGUAGAUGGUCUGGAGAAGGAGUAGCGAAGAAGGCACAGUAAAUGCGUCAACAUGUGACAUUUUCCAAUUUAAGACUAGCAGUGAUCCUUAUCAGGCAUCUUGCUACCUUUCCCUUAACAUUUACAGCAUUUCUCCAUAUCACUUCAAUGGAGGGCUGAUCUUUAGCACUUACCCCUAAUGCUUCUCUCAACCAUAUCUGGCAUAGCCUCUGUACACUGGCGUAUCACUUGUGUUAGAAUAGACUGAAUCCUGCACCUCUGUCUGUAGACGUGAGAAGCCAGAUUGUGUGCCCCUAUAGUUCCCAUGCCUCUUGAUGGUUCUAUACCGUAAAACACAAUGCAACUAAGUCUCCUAUGAGGCUCUUUGUCUCUACACGUAUGUACGCAUCAAAUAUCUCUGAAAGCUGUGAUCCUGUACAAUCCUUUGACUCUGUAAAUGUUGUUAAAUAUAACUGUUACCCUGUUUUUUUUGUUUGUUUUUUGUUUUCAAAGGCCCAGGAUUGCAUUGUUUGGUUGUUCAAGUGAUCUCUUCUUUGGCCCAGAGCGUGUCUUACGCCCUUAGGUCAGGAUUGGUAACACUAUGUCAGUGGUAAUACAACUGUAGGUGGUUUCAAUUAAUAAAAUACUUUACUUAAUUGAA